GGAACUAAAAAGAUGAAUAAAAAUAAACUGAUUCAUGAUUUCCUGGAAGUAGUUUCAAGAGGUGAUGUGAAACUCAUCUGUGACCAUAUUAGUAAAGUCCAUUCCAUCCUCGGAAACCUUAACUUUCAGCAUCCAAAGACUGGGAAUACACCUCUCAUUACUGCAGCAGCAGAAAAUCUAACAGAGGUUGUUGGAUUUCUUCUGGAAAAGGGAGCAGAUAUCACCCUUUGCAAUUACAGCAAUAAAACCGCAGUCCAUGUGGCUAAAAGUGAUGUUCAGAGGCAACUCCUGGCCAUGAGUGGAAUCCAGGCUCCCCAAAUGCAACUUCUACGAAGUUCGUGGCAAGGCGAUCUUGAACAACUUCAACACUUGCUGGCAUCCGAAGAGCUCCUAGAUAUAAAUUUCCCGAACCAACAUGGCUUGACUCCUCUGAUGCUGGCUGUGAGAGAUGUGGAUCUGUUUGAGAGUCUUGAUAUGUUCACCCUCUACAGACCUGCAGAAGUUCUGUCUGAGCUUCUCAGGCAUCACGCAGAUCCUAAGCUCUGUGAUUUUAGUGGAAAGUCAGCAAUACAUUAUGUGUCACAAAUAGAGAGUUUCAGGAAACAGCAGUUAUUGGACAUUUUAAUGAAUUCUAUGCCAAAACCAGAAAGACAUGAUGAAUCAUUACUUGACAUUUGUCAGGAUACAAACUCUUCUCCAACCGAUAUGAUAACAGUUACCAAAAAACAAAAUAUAAUCUUGCAAAGCAUCAGUAGCAGUGAGCAGUUUGACCAAGAUGAUGACUUCAGUCAUUCCAUAUGGACUGGUGAAGAAGGAAAGCCAAGUGGUGAAAGAAAAGACUGGCCACCCAGGACGGAAGGUGUUGAGAUUAUCGUUACAUUUCCAAGAGAUGUCAAUCAUCCCCAAGAAAUGAGCCAAGAAGAUUUGCAAGAAAACAGUCAGAUAACCUCAGUGCAGCAGGAGUGGGUACCAGCACAUUCUGGUUCACUUCCAAAUGAAAUUGAGAUGGUGGGCUCCAGGACAAAGAUGGUGACCACACAGCCUUUACCUCUGAAGGGAGAGGAACGUUCCAAAGAGCUCUGCAAUGUGAACUUGGGCUUUUUGUUGCCGAGACCUUGCUUAGAACCGAACAUCUCUAAGUCUGCAGCCAGAGAAGACGUUCCUCACUUCCUAAAGGGGCAGCAGAGAAAAUCCGAAGAGUUUUCUACCUCUGAUAUGAAAUAUAGCAGCCGAAGAAUUGAGUUCCCUCUGCCACCAUUAUCACUCUUGCCUAUGAGAUCCGGCCUACUUACAAUCCCCCCAAGUCACAAGGAUCAAAAAGAGAGAGAAAUAAAUAUUCCAAGCCUCAUAGCCUUCAUACCGAAGCUCUCAGCAUCUGUUAGCCAAUCUGAUGAAUUUAGACCAACAAACAUGCAGAAGGAAACACCGUUCAAGGUGUUAGUGGAUCAGACUCUCAGGUCCUGUGAUAGCUCUAUUUGGUCCAGAAACAUGUGCUCUUUUUGGAAGGCUCACCAUCACAGACAACACUUGGAGGCCGAGGAGAAUAGGAAACCCAGGGAAACAGAAGGAUGUGUCAACAUUGAAAUCUCUCGCUUUGAAAAAGGGUACUCUUUGGCGUCCUUUGAGAAUUUCAGAGAAGGCAAUAUUCCUAUAGAGAGGGAAAUGGACAUUGACUGCCAUGGUGAUGAACUGAGAAAAGCAGAAGGGAACUCUCAAACUCUUUCAUCAGGAAAGAAAGAGGGUUCAGUAGCCAGAAACUGUGAACAAGAUUCAGAAGUUGGAUAUACUCCACCAAUCAACUUCCAAGAAGCCCUGCCUUCACAAAUAACUCUAAGCCAGGAUGAAGGGACUAGAAAUGAUAGAGCUUAUUCAAAAAGUGCUUCAGUACAUAAAGGGGAAGCAAUUGAGCUAAAUCAUUUUUCAGAGGAGUACACUCUUCUUAAAAAUUUGUCCAAUGUAUUCACUGAUGAGCCCAUUGAAAAGCUCCCAGCAGAUCAUAGCAGCAUGGAGACCAACAUAAAAAUAGAGGAGGCAACUAAACCAGAAAUUAACGGGAUGGUGCCUCUGAUCCACAUCAAUUUCCCUGGAGAUGGAACUCCCAAGGAACCAUCCAUAACCAAACCAAGCCUCCAAAAAAGAAAGGGCAUCCUCCAUAACAACAGUAGCUUCAACAUCCUUGUACAGCAAGAAAAUGACAGGCAUAAAGUGAAAAUCCAUAGAAAUAAGUUGGAUUCAAAAAUCAAGACCAGUAACAGGACACCUCAGAAUUUCACAAUUUCCAAUGACGUUUCCAUGAAGCCUCCCAUGCAUAAAACUGGUGUAAAAACCCAAGUUUUUCCUGCUCUGGGGCUCAUGGACCCCAGACCUCGGCAACUACCCAAGUUUCAAAGGAGGAUGCCACAGACAGAAAAGAAGCAAUCAGCUUUCCGUGCUCCGAAACCUAAAAAGCAGUCAUUCCCUUGCAUCUGUAAAAAUCCAGAAAUAAGAAAGUCUUCUGUUCCUCUCUCUGUUCAACCAACAGAGCCAAGACUAAAUUACUUAGAUCUGAAGUAUAGCGACAUGUUCAAAGAAAUCAAUUCAACUGCGAAUGGACCUGGAAUCUAUGAAAUGUUUGGGACCCCUGUUUACUGUCACAUGCGAGAGGCUGAACGGCAUGAAAACAGAUAUUACCGAGAGAUUUGCUCAGCUCCAUCGGGCAGGUGUAUCACCAAUAAAUGUCGAUCAGUACACAGCGAGAGGACCAGCAAUAGUCGAACAAGACUGUCUCAGAAAAGACUGCAUCUUAAACCCCCAAAGUCUUCGCUUGGCAUUAAACAAAAGCACAAAAGUUUGAUUUCUAAAGAAAAGAGUUGCAAGACUGUAGGUAACAACCCACCAGCCACUGAAAAUGGUGAUGGUAUUUCAGAACCAGGGUGGCAGGCAAAGUCUUCAGGAAAUGACUUUCUAUCUUCCCGAGUUGAAGUUCAGCCCAUGCACUUGGUUCAGACUCACGAGCAGUCCAUUGAACAGAACGAAUCCCUUCCCGUCUCAGAUCUGUCCGUUGUUGAAGAAGUCUCUAUGGAAGAGUCUGCUGAUGAAGAAGAUGUUUCUAACAAUCAGAUCCUUGCCACAAGCCUCAGAGAUCUGCAUGAGCUUGAAGAGCUCCAUCAUCAGACUCCAUGUGUCCUUUCAGAAGACAGCUGGGCAGUGCCCAGGGAAGAGAGUUCCAACAAGCAUGUACUACAAGAAAAGCAGAACAUGGCAUCUCUUGGUAAAACAAAUGCCAACCAAGUUUUAACUAAUGAUGUAGAGUUUGAUAGCCUUUCAGAGAAGUCUAAGACAUUUAUGAAUUUCUCUUUCCAAGAGAAACAGAAUAGUGCCUCUUCCCAAGCAUAUCAGCAUUGGGCAUGUUCUCUGGAUCAUGGUAGUUUAGCUAAGAAGUCAAUUCCUUAUGAAACAUUUGGAAAAACUUUAAAUGAUGCAGAUUCAAUUUCCCAAGAAAUCUUAGACUCUGUAAACAACGAAGAAUUGACAGAUGAACUCUUAGGUUGUCUAGCUGCAGAACUAUUAGCUCUUGAUGAGAAAGCUAACAACUCUGGCCAACUAAUGACAAAUGAAAUGGAUCCUGAAAACUUAAAUCUUGUCCUCAGUCAGAGAGGAAAUACCAUGCAAGAAUUAGGUGAAGAAACAACAAAUGUCAAAAUACAGAGAUAUGGUAAUGGGUUCAGGAUCUAUGACAAAGAAGAGAAAAUUUUCAACUCCUAUGAAAAAAUAUUUUCUGAAAAUAGUUUAAAAUAUGAAGAACCUGUCCUGUGGACCAAGGGUGAGAUCCUUGGGAAGGGAGCCUAUGGCACAGUAUACUGUGGUCUUACUAGCCACGGAGAGUUAAUAGCUGUAAAACAGGUGGCUUUGGAUACCUCUGAUAAAUCAGCUACUGAAAAAGAAUACCGGAAACUGCAGGAAGAAGUAGAUUUGCUCAAAGCAUUGAAACAUAUCAACAUUGUGGCAUAUUUGGGGACAUGUUUGGAGGAGAAUAUUGUAAGCAUUUUCAUGGAGUUUGUUCCCGGCGGUUCAAUCUCUAGUAUUAUAAACCGUUUUGGGCCAUUGCCCGAGAUGGUGUUCUGUAAAUACACAAAACAAAUUCUACAGGGUGUUGCCUAUCUCCAUGAGAACUGUGUAGUGCAUCGGGAUAUCAAAGGAAAUAAUGUUAUGCUUAUGCCAACUGGAAUAAUAAAGCUGAUUGACUUUGGCUGUGCCAAGCGUUUGGCUUGGGCCGGCUUAAAUGGCACCCACAGUGACAUGCUGAAGUCCAUGCAUGGGACUCCAUAUUGGAUGGCCCCGGAAGUCAUCAAUGAGUCUGGCUAUGGACGGAAGUCAGACAUCUGGAGCAUUGGCUGCACUGUGUUUGAGAUGGCCACAGGGAAGCCUCCCCUGGCUUCCAUGGACAGGAUGGCAGCCAUGUUUUACAUUGGUGCACACCGAGGGCUGAUGCCUGCUUUACCAGAACACUUCUCAGAAAACGCAGCAGAUUUCGUGCGUGUAUGCCUAACCAGGGACCAGCAUGAGCGACCUUCUGCUAUCCAGCUCCUGAAGCACUCCUUCUUGAAAAGAAGUCACUGAACAUACAUCAAAACAUACUUUCCAGCUCUAUUAUAGAUAACUAUUGUUACUGCUUCAUUGUGGAAAUGAUGGUUAAGGGAUCUUUGUUUUCCUACUGGAAAGUCAAUCUAACCCAAUUUAACCAGAUCCUGCAGUGUUGCUAACUGAAAAGUUUCAGUUACAGAUUAGCCUCAGCUAAUUAGCCUCAAGCUUCAGGAACAAUACCCAUGUAUGAGAAACAACAAAAACCUAUUCCAGUGUUUUAAGUUUUGAUCAUCCAGAAACUAUAAUCUCUAUUGCUUUA